AUGCGCUUCCUAACCACUCUCCGCCCAACGACCCGUCUCGCCCCGCGCAUCUCCCUCCGUCCCUUCCACGCCGCCCGCAUUCUGCAUCAAGACGAAGUCAAAGACAGCAACGGGAGUUUCAUCGACGGUCUUGCAGAAGGUGACGCAAAGGGACGCACAGGUGGUGGUGAAGCCCUCGACGCGACGUCUAAGAAUGCACCUCCUCAGCCUAAAGUGUCGAACCAGAGUAUUCCGGGGAACCAGACUGAUGAGUUGACGGAGGAGCAGAAGAAGGAGGUCGAGGAGCAUAAUAGGGACUUUGAUGAGAAGCAUGAUCGGGGGAAUGUGGCGCCGGGGGAUAAGGUUGAUAAGAAGUUUUGGGGGGAUGGGAGGCAUGGGGAGAAGGAUGAGGAGAGUGCGACGCCGCCUAAGGAGAAGUGA